CGCUGGACUCACAACUUGCUUUUAGGAAAUGUUUGGAAUUUCACAAAAUAAUUCUUCAGCUAAAAGUCACAUUUUGAUAUUUCAACUAUCAAUAUCAUAAUUCAUUUCUGCUGAACCACCCGUUUAUUCUACCAGUCCGAUUUGGCCAGAAAACUACCAAACUUACUUUGACCAGUGUGUUGAACACAAGUGCACAGAAAGGCUCGAGGCAAGGAAAAGAUUGUUAUCUCAGAAAUCAAUCCAAGAUGGUUUUUGAAGCGAUACAGCCGGGUCCUCCGGAUCCCAUGAACCUGCUCAAGACAACGGCCGACGCAGACACCAGUCCGGACAAGGUUGAUCUCGGAGUUGGAAUCUACAGAAACGAAAAGGGAAACUAUCAGGAGCUGGCGUCCGUGAGGGAGGCCAAGGUGCAACUGCUACAAAAUGACCCUGGACAUGAUUACGAAUGCACAACCGGCAACGUAGACUUUAUCAAACACGCAGCCGGCGUCAUGUUCGGCCGGGACAGCGCCCUCCUCGCCGCCGGCAAGAUCGCCUCGGUACAGACCAUAUCCGGCACGGGCGCGGUGCACCUCGCAGCGCAGUUCAUCUCGCGCUUCGUGCACCCUUCGCCGACCGUCUACGUGGGCACGCCGACCUGGGGCAACUACAAGCCGCUGUGCGAGCUGGUGGGGCUGCAGAUCGUCGAGUUCCAGCAGUACGACUCGGAAAAACGCACGCUCGACUUCCCCGCCAUCCUGGCCGCCGUCCGCUCCGCCCCGAGGGCAAGCGUCUUCAUCUUCCAGGCCUGCUGCCACAACCCGACGGGGAUGGACCCGACGCGCGCGCAGUGGGACGAGCUGCGGGCGGCGGUGCGGGACAUGGGCCACUUUCCCGUGUUUGACAAUGCGUACCAGGGCCUCGGGGACGGGCUGGACGAGGACGCGUAUGUGGUGCGGUCGUGGGCCGCCGAGGGCAUCGAGAUGUUUGUCUGCCAGUCAUUUAGCAAGAACUUUGCCCUGUACGGGGAGCGGUGCGGCGUCCUGCAUGCUUUCUGCCCGGCCGGGGCGGGUGCGGCGCGCAACGUUCACGAUCAGCUGAGGUGCUUGAUCCGCUGGGAGUUUUCGUCCUCGCCGGCAUAUGGGUCGAGGCUGGUGACUAGGAUCUUGAGUUCUGAAGAGCUCAGGUCGAAAUGGGAAAAUGAACUCUCCGUCAUGCGGCAAAGACUCAAGGGUAACCGUGAGCUUCUAUUCAAACUGCUGACUGAGGAAUACAAGACGCCCGGGAACUGGCAACACAUACUCGAGGAAAAAGGCCUCUUCUCCUACUUCCGACUAAGCCCCGCCCAGUGUCGCGCUCUGGUCGACAAGCAUCAUAUAUAUCUCCCUACAAACGGCCGCAUCAACAUAUCCGGGCUAAAUGAUGCAAACGCGAAAAGGGUUGCCAGCAAAAUCGACGAGGUCGUACGGGAUACCCAGUAGAGAGUGACGUGCUUGGGUUGUCGGGACAGGGACAGGAAGGAGGACUGAUCAAUCGAGAGGACCAAAAAAACGUUUCCUUCAAGAUCCAAUCCAUCGCAGCUCUCCUAAUGUAAUAAAAGUCGACUUCAACACGG